AUGCUAAUCUACAGAUUGUUUUCAAAUCCAAUCAAAGAGAAAAUUUUUAAAUCUCCGUAUUUUAAAGAAAUCCGAACCUAUGAUUUGAACCAAACAAUCACCGAAGCACAACAACUGUCAUCUAUUGGUUCGCUCGUGUACGGAUCACCUCAUCAGUUUAUUUGUUUACUGCAGAAGCUCGAAUCACUGAACAUAGGUGACAGUAUCAUCUUGGAGAAAUACCACGAAGCCUUGAAGGGGGACAACUCGUCAUUUGUUAUGUUUUUUGUCUUUUACAUCAGGAUGACCGUCAGAAUGAAAGGAGAUUUUGAAGAGAUACGAAGGAAUCUUUGCAGUGACGAAUCAUUGAUCAAUAUAAUUGACGAGAACAAUGAGCAUUAUACCAUCACAAUCAAGGAAAUGCUGAACAUGCUGAAGAAUGAUAGGUAUGUCUUGGGUAUUUUUAUGAAAAACGUUUAGCGAUACCAAAAUUAUCUUUUGAUGAAGCUGGCUUGCACACCCCAUUAAAAUGUUG